CGAAAUUAACUUUUUUUAUUCUUUUAUUUCGUGGCUUCCAUAGACUUCUACUGCUCAACUGUCAUUUUCUGCAACCAGCUAGGCUCCGCCCACAAAAAACGUCAUCGCUGUUUGCAAACACCAACUGAAAGAGCUUUACUCAGAACUAUGGAAAGAUAUUGAAACAUUUAUUAAAGUUAAUAUCCAACAAGAUAUAUCUGUAACUUUUAAAAAUAUUAUUUUUGGCCACUUUGAUUCUGAUUCUAAUAAAAACAAAGCUUGUUUUGUUAUAAAUUUAAUGUAUUUUCUUUGCAAAUUCUAUAUCCAUAAAUGUAAAUUCUCUAACAACAAACCAAUUUUUCUUGUUUUUUUGAAAGAAUUUAAAAUGUACCUUAACACUAUUUCAUCCUCUGUGAAUAAGAAAGCAAGAAGAACAACCUCAAUUUGUAAUGAUUUUAAUUUGAAUACUCUAAUUGAAAUGUAAAUUAAUCUUACCCUCUUUUUUUUUUUUUUUUCUUUUUCUUUCCUCUUUUUUCUGUUUCCAAAUGUCAUAUUUUUUUUGUUCUGUAUGUUCAGAUGACAUUUUAUAUAAUGUUGAUACGUGUUGUAUACCAUAUACAUAAAUGUAUAUCAUUAAUGUCAUCUUAUAAUGUUUGCAAUAAAAAAAAAAAAAAAAUUUAAAAAAAAAAAAAUGUACAGCGUUCACAGGUCGAAUGUCCGACUUUGAGUGGCGUUCAGACAUUAUUUCCAAGAAUGAGGUGGGAAAAUUUUAAAUUCCAAGCUGUCUGUGACGCAGUAGUAAUUCAACGAAAUAACUAAAACAAUAGGAGGCGACAUUUGACUGUAAGUUGGUUAUUAUUAGCGAGUCACUGAAUCAUUCUCAACUGAUUCACUCAAAAACAAUGAUUCAUUCAGGUACUUGCUCUGAGUCUGUAUGAAUUCGUUUGAAACUAGUUUAGUUGGUAUGACAAAAAUAGACAAAGUAACUGUCAAUAUUAUGUCUCAUAUGUAAGUUACUCAAGUUUCUUAUUUAACGGUUGUAUAAAAUAAAUAUUACUUGCAAUAAAAAAAAAAAAAAAAAAAAAAAAAAGAGCUUUACUCAGACAAUGAGCAACAGUAGCCUAUCUGUGACCAAUGACCAGCGAUUUGUGAAAGAAAUAGACUUGCAAUUAGCAGCUGUUUGUUUGCCAAAGAAUGGAUAUGUCUACAUGAUGCUUGUGGAAAUACAACCUGCACAAGAUCUGCUUUUUGAACUACUGUCUUCUUGUCUCUCAGUUUUCAACAAAAUCCUCCCAUACUGUUAAAUGUUAAGGCACCCAUCAGACUAUACAACUAAUGUCACAGAUAAUGUGAAGGCUGAGGAAAUGUUUCCUCAAUGUUCACAUUAACUGACUAAACUCCACUGAGAUUUAUGUGACAUGCUCACUUUAAGGAUUACUAUUCUAAUUACUGUCAUUGUUCCUCUUAACUAUGAACUUUGCUUUUGUGGAUGUGCUCAUGCUGAAUAUGAAAUAGAGGGGCAAUGUUGCCUGAUGUGUGCUCCUGGAAAUCAUCUUGUUUGGCACUGCACAGAUGACACCAGCACAACUUGUGUACCAUGCCCUGAAUUCACUCACAUUGAUGAACCCAGUAGCUACUCUAAAUGCUUUACUUGUACUGUGUGUGAUGAAGGCCAAGGGUUAAGACUGAAUAAAGCAUGUACUCGGUCAUCAGAUACUGUUUGUGAGCCGCUGGAAGGAUUCUACUGCACUAAACAAAAUAAAGGCAGCUGUAGAUUUGCUGUGAAACACUCUGAAUGCAGCCCUGGACAAUAUAUCAAACAAGCAGGAACUGGCUCCACAGAUACAGUAUGUGCUGACUGUAAAGGUGACACAUAUUCAAACGGCUCUUUUUCGUCCUGUAUAACACACACAAAAUGUGAAGCAUUGGGACUUACUGAAACAAAUCCAGGAACAAAAUCAUCUGACAGUGAAUGUGGAAACCCCCCUACUGCUUUAGCGAUCAUUAUUUCUAGUGUUAUAGUUACUUUAAUAUUAAUUACAGUAAUAAGUGUUUUUACAAUUAUACGUAUUCGAAAGAAGAAACAUUCUAAACAUUCAGGAAUACAGGAAACAGAAAAUUAUUUAAAUGAAAAAGCCAGUAAAAAGUUGGUGGUGGCAGGAUAAAUGAUGAGACAUUCGGAAUGGAAAAAGUGAAUGACUGCGGACUACUCAGCAUUGUCUCCACAUUCUCUAAAGAAUUUAUCAUGCCUGAAGUCCAGCAGCUAGAGACACUAACAGUCCUUAAAACAUACUGAGGCCCCUGUUUGACCAGCAGCGGCUCUGCUUAUGAACUGCUGACCAUGCUAAGGAGGACAGUAUUGCGUGGUUCUUAAAUUGUCUUUUAAGAUAGUUAGCCAAGGCAGUUAGGCAAUCAGGCUUCUUUUUUGGCAUUAAAUUAGACCAAUCUACAUUUUACUGACUUAAAAAAAAGUUAUAAACAGUCUUGAAAACAAGUUGAUGCACUUUUAUGCAACUGGCCUCUAGUUGUUACCGCUAGAUGGGGCUAUACGCUUAUAGCAUAUAACCUUAAGCUUAUCUUGUCAUGCUGUUGCAAAUCCUGACAAAAGAACAGUUUGUUAAUAAACAACCAUACUCGA